ACCCCUCACCCAACUUUGAUAGUACUCUCUCAACCAUUGAACGAAGGAACACAACAUUUCUCCUCUCUGGUAUUGUAUGCGCAACAAAUAGGCGUACACUACGCAAUUUUGAAGCUUACAUUGUUAGCAGAAAAUGGCCAAGAGAUCAGAUUUUGCACAGAAGCUGCUCGAUGAUCUUCGCCUAAGGAAAGAGCGAAUGACUCCAUCUCAGAGGUCUAACCAAUCCCACCAUUUACCAACAGAUGCACACGCUUGCACCAAGCAAACAUUCAGAGGAUUCAGAAAUACAAAAGCUAAUGAAAAUCUUAGUUCCAGAACUGGGGAGAUGCUGAACAGGAGGAGGCACAGAUCAAUAAACACUGGAGAAUUGUCAAAUCAGAUUAUUCCAUAUGGGAAAGGUCAGAGCUCAGGCCAUAUGUCCCAAGCCCUGGCUUUUGCCUUUGAGAAUGGAGGGAAACUAAGAAGGGGGGAUUUUUCUUAUAGGGAUGCAAUUAUGGGUUUCCUUCAUCAAAUCAAAAGGGGAUCAGUGGAACUCGGCUUGUCAGAAAGAGGAAUCAAUUUAGAUAGGCAAGUAGCUUCAACAAGACACACUCCUAAUCUCUCUCUUAUGCAGAUACAUGAAAUAUCCAAAGGUGCACAAAAAAUAAACCACAUAUUGAGAGCCUGCUCUGAUGGUCUUAACAUGGAUACAUAUUCAUUACAAUUUGCAAAGGAACUAUUACAAGGAGCCAUUGAUUUGGAAGAGUCUCUCAGGAUGCUAGUAGACAUGCAGAAAAGUUCAGCCCCACAAGGGCAGAACAAAAGUCGGCUCAUACUAUUAGAGGAGGAAAAUGAUGAUGAUGACAAUAGAAGGAUGGAAAAUUCUGAGCAAAUGCAACUGGCCCGACCGACUUUCUCCUUCGACAAGCCCUCAAGGCAUGCCCAAAACCACCACCAAGUUCACAAGGCUGUUUCCAUGCAGAGGCUUAUUACUCUCACCAGCACCAAGGAAGUCAGAAACUCAAAUAGAGACAACAAAAAUGUGAAAAUACAGGUUUCUCAGAUGCGAUCAACUAGCUCUAGCUCUGAAAUUUCAAAACAGAAAAGCCAGAUGGUUUCCAAUCCAGAGAGCGGAAGGAUCCCUAAUGUAAUAGCCAAAUUAAUGGGGCUGGACAACCUUCCUGAGAAAGUGGAAAUGGAAUCAAAACACAUGCAUCAGAAGGAUUCAGGUAAUACACAAAAAGUAGAAGGAUAUCAUGGAAUGACAUCCAAGCAUACUGCAGAAAGUAGCACCAAGAAGACUGAACUGAAGAAAGAACAAAUAGAAAAUUUGAUACCUCUGGCUAAGAAAAAUCAAAAAGUUGUAGAAACCGUCAAAAUACCCGCAAAUCAGUAUGAGGAACUGAUGUUUGGUUCUCUCCUCCAAAAGGCCAGCUUUGAGGGGGUUGUUCAGAAUGGAAAACCACUAUGGAGGAACCUGGAUGGAAUAAAAGCAUUUAAAAGAUUUGACAAGACCACCACCAAAAUAGACAAGCAUAAUAAAAGUUCUGCUCAAAAGAACCUUAUUAGAGAAAGUCAAAAUGAUGCUAAGAUGACAGGAAGAAAACAGGAUCAGCCAAAUCACAGCAACAGAGAACAAAAAGGCACAGUCAAGGGAAGAACCAAUGAUCCAAUUCUAAAUAGUAUGCUGGCCCAGCUGGAUCAAGUGCACAAAACAUCAGAAGUUAAAGAUUUGAUUCGAGUUGAAAAAGAAAUCAGUGGAAGCUUCAUUCCACCAGAAAAAAGAAACACAAGCAAGGACAUAUUGAACAAUGAAAAGAAGCCUCAGAACCAUCUUGGAGUUCCAAAGUCACACCUACUCUCCAAAAAUGGGAGUCAGUAUGAAAAACAUCAUAGAGAACAGCAGCUCCAGCAGAGGGAAGAAUACAUGUUGAUGAUGAGACCACAAGGAGGGAGUGAAAUGACAUCCAAGAGUUCAUCAAAACCCCCUCAACAAUUGAUCAAUCUUCAUAAGAAGCAUCCAUCCAUAAACCAAGCCACACUGUACAAGAAAAACUCUGGAGAAAAUGUUGCUGCUAUGAAAUCAAAAGGCUUUUUAUGUAGUCACAAUGAUGAUCACGAUCUAGUCAGAGAUGAAGAAUCCAACAACACAAAUGAGAAACUAAAAGAAAUUAUCAAUAAUAGGAAGUUGGGCCAAACUUUCUCUCCAAGAGAACGAGAAUUUGUACGAGCUAAGGGAAAGCAUGGCGUCAAAACACUGAAGGAUGAAAAACAUGUUCAUAAACUGGCUAGCAAGAAAAUAAAGAAUACCAGAAAGUUAAAAGUCGACAUGCCUGGAAAGUUUGAUCAAAUAUUGACUGGAAGAAAUGGAGCAAAGCUCAUCACUGAACAGGGAAAAGAACAGAUUCCCAGUUUGCAAGAAGCAAGAGAUAGAGAAGCUGAUAAAUUCAAUGUCCUGAACAGAGCAGAGAAAGAAAGUGUGAGCAUGUCCAGACAAGCAGAUGCACAUAUCAUUUGCUCCAAUGAACUAGAAACUGUGGCGGUGGCUGAACCAUUGAAUGUGAGGUUGCAACCACAUAAAGAAGCUGAGCUUCUUCCUACAUUAUAUUGCUGUGGUGGUGGAGAACUUAAAAGCCCACAAGAAUCAGUAGCUUUACUUCCCAAUGAUUUGCACUACCAAGAUGUGAAAUCAGUAGCGAUCAAUUUGCAAGAUCAAGCUGUUCUGUUGGAAGCAGGUGAAGGAUUCAAGACCGGUGAAAUUGCACCGCAUAUAACAAAUGGAAUUCAGGAAGGCAGAAUUGGUACUAAGCACUCACAAUUACAAGAUCAUAGCAUUUCUGAAAUAAGCAUCCAACAACCACUAACAGAAAGUGAGAAGUGCCUCAAGUUGAUUUUGGUCAUGAGUCAAUCAUUCGUCAGCACUGCAGAAGCACUUUUCAGACUCAACUUCCCGGAUAACAUUCUUCAAGGUGGUGAUCUGGAGAUUCAAGAUGAAGGAAGCAAACUGAUAUUAGAUUGUGGAUAUGAAGUAAUGAAAAGAAAGGGGAUACGGCAGGAACUCAAAGUUCAUAUUUGUUCAAAGAUAUCAAUCAGUACCGUGAAAAUAAGAUCACUCGAUGACUUGGUUAGGCAGCUGAGUGAAGACAUGGAGAAGCUUAAAUUUUACGGUAGAAAAAGAAGUUCUCAAGUUGAUGUGUUUGAGGACUACCUGCCUAAAAUGCUUGAACAUGAUGUAUAUGACAAAGAUCCAGACAUAGACUGCAUGUGGGAUUUAGGUUGGAAUAACGAGACAUAUGCAUUUAUGGAAAAAUAUGAUGUUAUAAGAGAAACAGAAAAGCAUAUCCUUAGUGCGCUUCUGGAUGAGAUCACCGGUUGCAUGUUGAAGGAGGUCUGAAUAUGACAACAAUCACACACUGAAAGUAAGAAAGAGAGCUGGGGAUCAAGUUUUUCUGCGUUGGUUUUGUGCUUGUUAUUUUUAAGGAUAAGGAUUUGAUUGGUGUAAGUUUGAAACUCAAAAGGCAAGUUGGACUAUUUCUGUGGCCAUAUUCCUUCAUGAGGGGCAUCCUGAAUUUUCAUAUCAAUUAGCAUUGUCCACAACUAGGGGUGGGAAUAGGCCAGGCCGUUCGUAGGGGCCUAUGGCCUAGCCUACCACAGGCCCAGGCCAGGCCAGACCAAAUUGGUAAAUAGCCAAGGCUUAGGCUUUUUGAAAAGCCUAUUUAGUUAAAAAGGCCAGGCUCAGGCCAUUCAACAAGUCUUGUAAGCCUUACAGGCUAGCCUAUUUAAGUAAAUAUGAUUAGUAUUUUUUGGUAAAUUGUAAAUAUGAUAAGUAUAAAUAUAUUUUACCCUUGAUGA